GGAUCCACUAAGCUAAACAAACAGUCGGGAAAUCCAAAAUAUGCUCAACACCCAAUAACAAUAAACAUUUCCAAAACCUUACACCAUAUCAAUUUAAAAAAACCAAGGGGCACAUUAGUAAAAUACAAAAAAAAAAGCCAAGGAAGUGAACGGUCAAAAACCCCCUAAAAUAACUCAAAAAUAAAAAAAAUUCUAGAAAGUGCCGUUUUACAUUAAAUUUACAAAUAAAACGGCUUUAGAUGCGCCACCUAUUCCUCUAUUAUAUCUCACCCAUCAAUUUUUAGUUUUCACUCCUUCCUUCCCCCACUUUCUCUCUCCUCUCCUUUCUUUUCUUCUCUCUUCUCAAUUUUCUCCCCCACAAAUUAAAAAGCAAAAAGAAAAAGAAAAAGUUUGUGUUUUUGUUUUUGUUUUCAAAGAAAUUUAAAUAUUUAUUCUCAGUCUCUCUCAUCAAACAAACCGCCUUUCUUUCUUGCUAAGAAAAAGGAAAAACACAAAAAAAAAAAAUUUAAAAAUUUUAAUUCUGUCUCUUCAAAUCACAUUUAUCGAGGACAUAGAAAAAAAAACAAAAAGAAAAAGCAACCUCUCUUCCCCAAAAACACGAGAAAAACCAGAACUCACUAACCCAGAUCUACACAAAUUUAUUUAUUUUCUCUCUCUCUCUUUACUUUUUUUUUCUCUCAGAUCUGAAACUAAAACUAUCUCACUCUAGAUCUAUAAGCUUUUCUUCCUUAUUAUCAAUGGUGGUUAACGCAAGGUCGUUGAAGCGUAUGAAGAGACGAGUCACCGCCGAGUUACACGACUUUCUUACUUUUCCGGCGCCGGAAUCCGGCGACAGACUCGCCGGAGCUCCGUUUAGAUCUAACGUCAAGGCUUUCCUUGCUCGACACGCGUUGUUUCCUCCUCUUUCUUCUCUCCUCCCUCACCUCGUGACGUGGCAGGUUCUGUACCGAGUCGGUGACUCGGCUGACUCGUUCGAUAACUCGUCUUCUCACGUGGUAUGCGUCGACGUUGUUGAAGAAGAGGUGGCUAGAUCUAGAUCUGUUUACUGCGACCAGUGUCGCGUUGUUGGAUGGAGUGGGCAUCCAGUAUGCACAAAGAGGUAUCAUUUUAUAGUAAAAGCAGAUGGAAAUUCAAUUGGUGGGUAUGUCAAGCCAUGUCCUAAUUGUGGAGAUUCAAUUAAUCUUGCUGAACCUAGGUGUAAGACAUGCAACCAUGUGAUGACUUCUGAUGAUGUUGAAGACUGGGUUUAUCAUCAAUUGGAGGACACUACACAUCUGUUACAUGGUGUAGUCCAUGCCAAUGGUUACGGCCACCUUCUCAGAGUCAAUGGUAGAGAAGGUGGUUCAAAGGUUCUUUCAGGAACUGAUAUUAUGAACUUCUGGGAUCGCCUAUGUAAAUAUCUUGGAGUCAGAAAGAUCAGUGUCAUGGAUGUAUCCAAAAAGUAUGGGUUGGAGUACCGACUUCUUCAUGCCAUCACAAAGGGGCACCCGUGGUAUGGCAACUGGGGUUAUGAGUUUGGGUCUGGAAGCUUCGCUCUGACUCAAGAUGCCUAUAGGGAGGCUGUGGAGACUCUAUCUACUAUGCCACUUUCUUUUUUCAUUUGUCAAGGGAGGAAACCACGUGCUCACUUUCAGGAUUUGAUACUUUAUUACCAGUCCCUCUCAGAAUGUGAGCUUGUAAAUACAAGGGACCUUUUUCACUUUAUUAUGCGCCUGGUCCAUGAUGUGGAAAAAUCUUCCCUUGUCAGUGAAAAUACCUUCAAGAAACGCCGAUCUUGUGCACCAGGGAUAUUAUGUGCAUGGACAACAAGUGACAUCAAACGUGUCGAGGGUGCAAUGAUGAGAGUUUUACGUGCAGUUACGGGUUCCAACUGGGUGAGUUGGCGUAACCUAAGGGGUGCUGUUUGUAAAGUGGGCCCUCCAGAGUUACUGGAUUACUGUCUCAAGGAUCUAGGUGGCAGGCAGACUCCUGAAGGAUCGACUGUAAAUGCUCGCUGUAACCCUGAUACGGGUGCACUGGAGUUUAGGGUUGAGCCUGGAAUCUUCUCUCUGCAAGGGAAUUCGGGGUGUGCAAAUCCUAUGUUUUUGAACUUCCCAUCUCGAGAACAAAUCCUCCGGGACAUGAGAGUGUUGUAUGAAUGUCUACUUCAUCCUCAGACAAUGGUGAAGUUUGGACCCGAGGGGAGAAGGGAGUGUGCACUCAGUGCAGCAUCAAAGCUUCUUGAUUGCAAGCAGUUUGUGAAGAAUUACAAGCCUGAAACCACAUCACCACUAGUGAAUUCCUCUGCAAUAUAUCUAUUUUGCCAAGUGGAAUUUCCCGUUCACCUAUCAGAAGAACAAGUUAUGAGGCCACCACCUGAACUCAUCGCAUUCUCCUCAAACGCCACCAUUUCUGACCUUAAAGCUGAAGUUUCCAAGGUUUUUCAGGAAGUUUACAUAAUGCUUAAAGGUUUCCAAGCAGAAGAGUUAGUUGACUAUCGAGGUGUAGAGGAUUCCACCCAAGUCAAACUCUUGUUUCCUUCUCUCGUUACCGUGAGGAUUCAGGGAAGAUGUCCUUUGAAGAACGGUUUGGGUAGGUUUCGUUUGGAAAGAGGGGUAGAGCGAUGGACGGUGGAAUGCAGCUGUGGGGCUCGGGAUGAUGAUGGGGAGAGAAUGUUGGCGUGUGAUGUGUGUGGUGUUUGGCAGCACACUAGGUGUGCUGGAAUUCUGGACUUUGAAGCAGUGCCAGCAAAAUUUCUUUGCAUCAGGUGUGGGGGGAAAAGCAGGAUGGCCGCGGCUAAAGUAGGGUUGAACUGCAAGGAUGAGUCGAUGUUGGUGAGCGCUGGUGCCAGUGGUGGUGGUGGGAAAAGCUUGGCUAUGAUGUUUGAUGUACGUUAGGUUAGGCAUUUUGGUACUGAGUUUCUUCUUUUGUAAAUUCUUUUUUAGGGUUUCUUCAGGCUAAGGGAAGAAAAUGUGUAUAUAACUUCAGAAGGGCCUGAAGAACGCUUCACUUGCACUAGCUAGUAGUAGCUAUCCUUUCAUAUUUGUGGGUUUUAUUUAAGCUCCUUUUUUUUGUUCUUUUCUUUUUUUGUAAGUUGUACAUGUUAUGCUCUAACUACUCCGGAGCUUUUGUAGAUACGGAAACUUGAAAAUGAAAAAUGAAAAAGAAGAGAAUCUAACUUA